GACUUUGAAUAUCGAUAGCGGAUACCGGUGUGAUUGUGCUAUGUGCUGUGUUUUGUUCUGUUCUGGUAACCGAAUUAUGACCGUUUGAAUUUGAAUUUAAAUUAUUAUUUGUGUAGUAUAUGUACUUUUAAAAUCAUAAAUCAUGACUUCAGAGUUUCUAAAAACUCCUGAUGAAUUGAAAGUUUACGGGACAGAUCUGUAUGAUCUUCUAAUACCCUUCUCUUCGGUCAAAUAUAAAUCUGAACCAAAAACUAUCUUACAAGUUGUGGAUGAUGUUUUCUACUUUUGGUCGCCAAAAGAAUCAUGCGUUGUUGCUGUAUUUCAAAUUGAUUUAAUUCCAUUUUUCAAUGGAAAAUACCAGUUGCUCAGACCAACUCGAUCAUUGGAUGCCGAAAUGGAGGUAAACAGCAUAUUAGUAAAUGUAGAUUCUAGCAAGUUGGCUCUGGUGUGUGAUAGUCACAUUGUGAUCCUCAACAUCCCGGAAAGGAGUGGUCCAGGCUGCUAUUUCCUAUCAGGAAUGGACAACAUUCUAUGCAAAUCUAUAAAUGUGGGAUGGUCGGAGUGCCAGUAUGUUGGGAGAGUACGCUGGAUCAACAACGAUUUGCUGCUGAUAUUGUACGGUGAACACAUGGAGGUACGCGACUGCAGCAAGGAAAAUGCACCACUAAUGCAUAAAUGGCCUGCCAACGAUGUCGUCGAUUUUGAAAUACUUUUUCCACUCAAGAAUGAGAACUUUUACAAGCCGAAACAUAUCAACCGAAUACGUGUUUUUCUAUUGAAAGAAAACGGAGAUGUUCACACAGUGAAUGUUUAUAUUAGUGGUGACGGUAUUACAAUAAGUUUUCGGAAAACUGAUUAUGAAGGUAUCGUGAGAAUGCUCCCUCCACCUGAAGAUAACUAUGGAGUUGAAGCAUAUUCCCUUAUAGUUCUCGAAGGAUCGCCUAGGAAGCUUGUGAUUGCAAGUCGAAUCGGGGUGUUGAAUCACUUCGUCAUACUCAUCAAGGAGAAUGAAAACCCUUCAAUCCCUACACCAGAAGUUUACCUGUAUGCGAUCGGGACUGUGGAGUUGGAUAUCAACGGCCUGAGGUUUGAUGUUACCAAAGAGAAAGCCGCUUCUGCCAAGGGAAAGCAGAAACUGAACGUUAGUUCCUGUGAAUUAGAUAAUCCGAAAGGGAGUCUUGAUGAAAUAAGCCUGGAAGAGGAAAAUAAUGAUGAUUUUAUGACAGCUAUUGCUCUAGUACCUGAUAACACUUCCGAUUUGAGGUAUUUUGCAAUGCACAAGGCUGGCAUCCACUGCAUUACUACACCAAGAAUAGACGACUAUCAAGCAUAUGUAAAAGCGCUUGAGAAAGAUAUUGACAAAUCGAAUGUGACAAUCACAGUUGACUACAUAGUGGUAACGCGGAGCAAUCUUAGCAGUACACAUAGUCAUGCGCCUUUUGGAGUAGUUUGUGUCGACGUGAAAAACCCAUUUCUAAUUAUGGUUUUCCAAAACAGCAUCAAAUCGAAGUUCUAUCACAAAGGCUCCUGUAUGCAAAUACGCACUGCACCACAUGAUCUUUAUUCAGCUCUUGACAAAAUUCCAACCACUCCUUAUAUUGACCUUGAUGAAAGUGAGUCUAUGACACCCAUGACGAAAAUGGAGCUUCUCUGUUUGAUGGAAAAUCAUAUCAAAAACAAUGUGAUACCUCCGCACAAACGUGUCAAGAAAAUGAUGAAUCAUUGCAAGGCGAAGGCAGCGAAACAAAAAUUGCAGCAGCAAGUUAAACUUCAGGAGAUAAUGGAAGAGAAAAAUGAGGUGCAAUCCAAAGCUGAACAGCUUGCCGAAAAAUGUGAAGAAAUCCAUGAGAGGAAUAAUAUUCUGUCGCAGAGGUUAUAUGAAUGUGUAAAGCAUAUCAACCAAUUGAACCCAAGCCAACGCGCUGAGAAAGUCAUAAGCCAAACUUUACAGCUACAAGCAAAGAAACUGGAAGUCCUCAAAAUGAGAUUCGAUUAUUUCCAUAAAAAGGUGGAAUUAUUCAAGGCUGUGGUGCAACAAGAUAUAAAAAAUGCUGGCAUUGAUCAGAAUGAUUUUGAACAAAACCCAGAGACUGGAUUGACCAAGGAACAACAGAAUCGUAUGCAGAAUAUACUCAGCGACAUGGCAACGCAAAUUGAACAGAACAUCGAAAGCGUAAAAAAGUUGUCUACAUUUUGUUAGUCGUGAAUAUCAUAUUUCAUACUUUUCUUUUAUAAGUUUAGUUUUUAUUGACUACUGUUUGUUGUUCAUUCACAAUGAACAAAAAAAUCCCAGCAACACUGGUCUGUUGCUCUACUGUCAAAUAUUACAAUUUUUAAGUUUGUUGUAAAGUAUCUCGAACUCUAACUGAUCUGAAUUAUGUAGCAUAUAACCUUUUUAUUUAUUAAGACAGCAGGUUACCCCUUAUGUGUCUCCUUCACAAAUAUAGCAAUAUAAAAUCAUUAUAAAAUGGAAAUACAAUAAGCAAUUUCAUUAAAAGCAAUGUUAUAGGUAAUAAGUAAUAUUAUUAAAAGGAUAUUGAUAUCAUAAACGGGGUUUACAAACGGGGUUUACUACAGUAUUCAAGAAUUUAUGGAUGGAGAAUGAGGCUUUUGGGAGGAUUAAAUUACAAUGUACAUUGUGGAAUGUGAUGUAUAUAAUAUAUGUUUAUAUGUAUUCCUUUAUUUUUUGACAAAUAGUCCUUGACGAUUUCCUAUACUCUUUAAAUAGUCUCCAGGGAGAAAAUUUAAUCAAAUCAAAUCAAAUAAUCGCUAUCAAUCACUGGUAGAAAUACCCAAGUGACUGAGAUAUUAGCAAAUGAGUCAUAAAUAAAAAAAAUUGUGUUAACCAGAAUCCUGUAAAUCCUGCAUUCUCUACAGAGGUAAACAUACCCAAAGAUUCCCCUUUGCAAUU